CAGCUGCCCUGCUGCUGAAGUAGCAUAAAUUAAUAUUUUAAAAUUAACUUUUUCGGAAAACUUCCACCACAAAUUUUGAAUUUUUGCUGAAAGUAUGUUGCACUUGGUUCGAUUGCUAAAAAAUGUGCAAAUAUCAGGGCAUGCCAAGGAAGCGAUGUUUGCAUUGCGUCAGAUGUCUAAGGGGAAAACACCUCCCACGAAAUGCUCGGCCCCAGCGAAAAGUCCGGCCCCAGCGAAAAGUCCUGCCGCAAAAACUCCUCCAGUGAAAAGCGCUCCACCAAAAAGCGCUCCACCAAAAACUCCUGCAAAGAAGGACGAAACGGCCAUUAGCGGUGGCAGUAAAUGCAAACCCAAGAAGAAAUGUCCGAGCUCGUCGUCUGGUAAGGAUGCACCUGGAGCCGUGAAGAAAAGCUGCGAUGAUUUGCUCAACAAAAAGAGCAACAAAAAGAAACAAAGUCUGACGGCAAUUCAAGGCGGUGGCCCAUGCGCACCGAAACGCAAAGAGCCAACAGCACACGGUGGUGGGGGCAUGAAGCGUUGGCGCAACAUUUCCCUAUUUGCCAUACUGCCAAUGGUGGCCAUUCUAACGCUGCUCGUCUUUAGCACACACAAAGAGCACGAGCAUCCCGAGUUCAAGUAUUAUCCACACAUGUACAAGCGAACGAAGCCCUAUUGGUUCAAGGAUGGCAAUCGAACAGCGUUUCAUAAUAGCCAUCAGAAUGCCUUGCCACCGGCCGGCUAUGAAGACGAAAUAGAUGAGCUGGGAGUGGGACAAGAACCAGAGAAGGAAAAGGAGAAAAAGCAACGGAUAAGCGAUUUUGAAAAAUUACUUAAAGAUUGGAAAAAGCAUGCGGAAGCGCAGUAGCAGGAAAAGAAGAAAAAUAAACGAAAAGAAAAAGCAAAAAGAAACAUUAGAAAAGAAAACGGAAGAGUGAACUACAGAAAUUGCUCAUCUGUGGGCUACAAUGUGGGCGAUGGCAUUUUCUUGGCUGCAUUCUUUUUGGGGAAAAUCCAUCAGAGGAGAUUCCUUAAUUCAGAAUUAACACAGAAAUUCUAUCGCUUCAUUUGUAAAUUCCAUCAAAGUAGUUUUAAUACUCUACAGAGUAGAAGCUACACAAACAAAAUUCAAAAUUGAUGUUUCGGAAUCUAAGAACAAUAAAUUUUUGGUUUUUCUUUUUUCUCUAAA